AUGCCUCCGAAAAGGAAGGCAGCUGGCAGUAUGCUUAUCCCUUCUUUUCUAGGGUCUGCUUUAACUGUCGCUGACCGGCUAUGGCUGAAACAGGUUGUCGAGAAAUUUUCUCUUCAGGCCUUUAGUCAAAAGAAGAAAGCGGACAUCCAACGACAGGAUCCACAUUUCGGCUAUAAAGACUUCUCAUCCUUGCCUUUGAAGCCCGACCACGCUAACCGACCGCUAUGGAUCGAGCCGUUGAAGGGCACCAUCACGCUGGAAAGCUUCUCACCUCUAGCGCCCCAGGCACAAGAUUUCCUUACGACGAUAGCUGAGCCUCUGUCAAGACCUACGCAUUUGCACGAGUAUCGAUUAACGGGAAACAGUCUUUAUGCUGCGGUCUCAGUGGGCUUACUACCGGGAGAUAUCAUUAACUUCCUGGAUCGUUUGUCCAAAACGCCGCUACCGGAAACAAUCAAGUCUUUCAUUGUCAAUUUCACCAAGUCGUAUGGAAAGAUAAAAGUUGUUUUGAAAUACAAUAGAUUCUUUGUGGAGAGCUCGGAUCCUGCCACUCUGCAGAUGUUGCUUCAAGAUGAAGUUAUUGGGCCGCAGAGAUUGCAAAACUCGGAGGCACAAGUCCACAGUUUUGAGAUCCCAAACACGGCCGUGGAAUCUGUUAAGGCUCGAUGCCAAAGUAUGGGCUGUCCAGCUCUUGAAGAAUAUGACUUUAGAAACGAUGAAAUCAACCCUACUCUAGAUAUCGACCUGAAGCCCAAUGCGCAAAUCCGCAGUUACCAAGAGAAAAGUUUGAGUAAAAUGUUUGGAAACGGACGAGCCAAGAGUGGAAUCAUCGUCCUGCCUUGCGGUGCAGGGAAAACCUUAGUUGGCAUAACAGCCGCCUGUACCAUCAAGAAAGGAACCAUUAUCCUUUGCACUAGCUCGAUGUCCGUUGUUCAGUGGAGGAACGAAUUUCUUCGGUGGUCUAAUAUUGAUCCUAGUGAUAUUGCCGUUUUCACUUCUGACAACAAGGAAAAAUUCCGGAGAAAUACUGGAAUUAUAGUCUCCACAUAUUCCAUGGUAUCUCAAACACGGGCUCGUUCCCACGAUGCGGAGAAAAUGAUGGAUUGGAUGCAAUCUCGGGAAUGGGGCUUGAUGAUCUUGGACGAGGUCCACGUCGUUCCCGCGUCGAUGUUCCGGAAGGUCACUUCGGCCAUUGCGACUCAGACCAAACUUGGGCUCACAGCGACUCUUCUUCGUGAGGAUGAUAAGAUCAAGGAUUUGAAUUUUUUGAUCGGCCCCAAGUUGUAUGAAGCCAACUGGAUGGAGUUGGCUGAACAGGGCCACAUCGCCAAAGUCCAGUGUGCUGAGGUGUGGUGCCCCAUGACAACGGAAUUUUAUACCGAGUACAUGCGCGAGAAAUCUAGAAAAGCAGCGUUACUCUAUAUCAUGAAUCCGAGGAAGUUCCAGGCGUGUCAGUUUUUGAUUGAUUACCACGAAAAGCGUGGAGACAAAGUCAUUGUUUUCUCUGACAAUGUUUACGCUCUCGAACGAUAUGCCCUGAAAUUGAACAAGGCCUACAUCUACGGCGGAACGCCUCAAAACGAACGAUUGCGAAUUCUAGAGAACUUCCAGCACAAUGAACAAGUCAAUACAAUCUUCCUGUCCAAGAUUGGUGAUACCUCGCUAGAUCUGCCUGAAGCGACUUGCUUGAUACAGAUCUCGUCACAUUACGGCUCUCGUCGUCAGGAAGCGCAACGUCUCGGACGUAUCCUACGUGCCAAACGAAGGAAUGAUGAGGGAUUCAACGCUUUCUUCUACUCCCUUGUAUCGAAAGAUACCGACGAGAUGUUUUACUCUUCCAAACGUCAAGCUUUCUUAGUUGACCAGGGAUACGCGUUUAAGGUGAUCACGCACCUUGAAGGAAUUGAGAACCUUGAAGGACUCGCAUACGCAACUCCGACGGAGCGUCGAGAACUUCUGCAAGAAGUCAUGCUGCAGAACGAAACCUCCGCAGCUGUAGAAGAAGUAGUGGACGAUCUUUUCAGCGAACGCUCAGGGGGACCGAAAGCGCGAGGUGCGGCCAAGAAAGUUGCAGUGAAACGUAGUGCGGCGACUUUGAGCGGCCUUGCCGGCGGUGAGGACAUGGCGUAUAUCGAAUAUAAUAAAAGUAGGAAUAAACAGUUGAAGGAGAAGGUGGGACAUCACCCGCUAUUCAAGAAAAUUGAGCGCGACCGACUGAAGAGAAAAAAAGCUCUUGGCCUCGAUAAAAAGUAG